ACAAGUGUGCAGUCUUGCUUUGUGCUUCAAGGUAAUACUAUCAGCAGCAAACACUAGAAAUGAAGUUCCUGUCGCUACUCGUGAUUAUCGCAGCCCUUGCUGCUUGUCAAGGAGCUGAAGUGGCCGAAAGUCUGGAUGCUCAACAGCGUUCUGUAAGCAGCAUUAUUGUUGAUACUCUGGAAGACCUCAAAGUGCAAAUGGCCGAUGGCUGGCCAGAAUAUGGCAUUCCUAGUCUUGCUCCUCUUGAGAUUUCCCACAAGGACAUGAAUUAUGCGACUGGCGAGGUUUUCGCAAAUGGCGAAUUUGAUGAUAUUGUUGUAAGAGGACUCAACGAAUUCGAAAUUAAGUCCAUGGAGUACAGUCUCCUGUUCAGCCGCAUCAGGUACGAGUUUGUCUUUGCCAGCCUGAACGUCAGCACACAGUACAAGGCUGAUGUCGGCGCUGGUUAUCAUUUGGCACGCGAUGGUGGCGCAUUCCUGGCCUUGGAGAAUCUUAGGAUCACCGGACAGGUCAGAUACUCAACGGGUAUUGUGGGAAGCAACAACAAUUUCCGCAUCAGGGACCUUCAGGUGAACAUUUCUGUGGACAACGUGGUGUCGAACAUUGAAAAUCUUUCGAAAUAUCGCAUCAUGAAUCGCAAACUUAACCAGAUUGUCGAGGAGUUCAUCGAUCUGACAAUCAAUGAAAAUACUGAACUGAUCGCCGAUUGGAUUGAUAGCACAGUGACGCCCAUUUGCAAUGAAUUAAUUGGAGAUCGUUCACUCAGCGAUCUGUUGGGUCUCAUUACUGGAGGUGGCAGCAAUUAGAUUUUUACACCUGUGACAUUAAUAAUAACUGCGAAAUAUUACUCUA